AUGUCACUUCUCUCUGUUACUCCAGCAGAGGGAAUCAAAGUCACAGAAGAUGAUCUGGCUGCAAUUGCAGAUAAAUACGGCUAUGAAUUCAAGGACAACGAGAAAGCAGAAUAUACCACUCUCCUCGCAGCAACAUGCAACGCCAUGCAAUUUGUCUCAGAAAUGGAUGACUACCAGCCAGAAGCGGACUUCGAAUUGACGCCACGAGAAAACAUAUAUCUCCCAGGGAAGUCAGAAAACCAAGACAACGCCUGGGCCUACCGCUUUCAUCUAUCCCACAAGUCCCCUUCAUCAACUCUCCUUAAAGGCAAAACGUUAUGCAUCAAAGACAACAUCUGCGUAGCUGGCGUCCCCUGCCUCGUCGGUACGGAAACAUUCACAAACUGGACCCCAAAAACCGAUGCAACAAUUGUAACCCGGAUCCUCUCAGCAGGUGGGAUUAUCACCGGAAAAGCAGUUUGCGAAAACCUUAGCACAAGUGCUGCUUCCUUCACUGCAGCCACGGGACCAAUUUCCAACCCUUAUGCCAAAGGCUACAGUGCAGGUGGCAGUUCUUCCGGGACUGCGAAUCUUGUUGCGAAAGGAGAAGUUGAUUUGGGAGUUGGAGCAGAUCAAGGUGGCUCGAUCCGGAUUCCUGCAAGUUUGUGUGGGCUUGUGGGCUUUAAGGCAACGUCGGGACUGGUGCCAUACACAGGUUGUGUGAGUAACGAGGCAACGAUCGAUUAUGUUGGUCCUAUCACCAGGACUGUAAUGGAUAAUGCGUUGUUAUUGGAGGUCAUUGCCGGUGUUGAUGGACUUGAUGAUCGGCAGCGAGCGGGCACACCAUUUCCAGACCAAGUUCCAAAGUACUCGCAACUUUUGCUUGAGACAAAAGAUGCGGGUGUCAAGGGAAUGAAAAUCGGGAUCUUGAAAGAAGGAUUGAGCUCGACGAUCUUGGAUAAAGGGGUCGAAACAAAGUUCCGUGCUGCGGCUGCUGUGUUUAUGGAACUGGGAGCAGUGGUGGAAGAAGUCAGCGUCCCGAUGCACGAGAUUGCACCUGCAAUCUUCGGUGCUAUGUCUAGGCAAGGAGGCGCAAUGGGGCGGGCUGGGAAGGCUUCAGGGAGACGACAGGUUAUGCUUACAGAUCUGUACGAGAAGAUGUUACCUUGUACUGCUGAUACGAUAGAAAAGAUGAGCGCUGUAAGCAAGAACACUUUCUUUGCGGGUGAUUACUGCUGGGAACGCUUUCCUCAAGUCUACGCCAAAGCUGUCAAUCUCUCACGGAAACUCUCAGAAGCUUACGACGCCGCGUUCAAAUCCUACGAUGUUUUGAUCAUGCCUACAACUAUCACACCAGCUGAUCCUCUUCCUGCUCCAACCGACUCGCCGAUUACAAAGAUGAGCAAGACGAUCGGGAAGCUGGAUAACACAUGCCCCUUCAAUGCAACGGGCCACCCAGCGUUGGCCUUCCCGAUCGGGUUUGUGGAUGCGAAAGAGGAGGGAGUGAGGGUUCCAGCUAGUAUGCAGAUUGUAGGGAGAAACUGGGAUGAGAUUGGGUGUCUAAAGGUAGCUUUUGCUUGGGAGAAUGCUAGGGGUUGGAAGGAAUUUUGA